AUUAUUAUUAUUAUUAUUGUUACUAUAUUUAGCAGAUCUUUUCUUGGGGUGCAAGCAUGGGGGAUACCCUGGAAUUCAACGAGAUCUAUCAAGAAGUGAAGGGGUCGUGGAAUGACGGUCGCUUGCGUCUCAGCAAGCAGGCGGUCGUUUACAAGAACAAUAAGACCGGAAGGGUGGACAAUAUCGCGGCCAGCGAGCUGUCCGGGUGUUACUGGCGCCGUGUGUCCCUCGGACACGGAGUCCGCCUGGAGACGAAAAACGGCAACGCCUACAAGUACGACGGCUUCCGAGAAUCGGAUUUUGAGAAAAUGUCGAAUUAUUUCAAGGCUAAUUAUCAAGUGGAUCUGACAGAGAAGGAUAUGUGUGUAAAAGGCUGGAAUUGGGGAACAGCUAGAUUUGGAGGUCAGCUCCUGACCUUUGACAUCAAUGACCAGCCCGCUUUCGAGGUGCCCCUGACGAACGUGUCCCAGUGCACCCCCGGCAAGAACGAGGUGGCACUGGAGUUUCACCAGAAUGAUGACGCUGAGGUGUCUCUCAUGGAGGUGCGCUUCUACGUGCCUCCAUCCUCUACGGACGACGUGACUGACCCUGUGGAGGCGUUUUCCAAGCAGGUCCUCUCCAAGGCGGAUGUGAUCCAGGCCACGGGUGACGCUGUCUGCAUCUUCCGAGAGCUGCAGUGCCUGACCCCCAGGGGGCGCUACGACAUCCGCAUCUACCCAUCCUUCCUGCACCUACACGGCAAGACCUUCGACUACAAGAUCCCGUACACCACCGUGCUGCGGCUCUUCCUGCUGCCGCACAAGGACCAGCGCCAGAUGUUCUUCGUGAUCAGCCUGGACCCUCCUAUCAAACAGGGCCAAACCCGUUACCACUUCCUCAUCCUGCUCUUCUCCAAAGAGGAAGACCUCACCCUGACUCUCAACAUGACAGAGGAUGAUGUUUUGAAGAGGUUUGGAGGGAAGCUCAGUAAGAACAUGUCUGGCUCUCUGUAUGAGAUGGUGAGCCGAGUCAUGAAGGCCCUGGUCAACCGCAAGAUCACCGUGCCGGGCAACUUCCAGGGCCACUCGGGGGCGCAGUGCAUCACCUGCUCGUACAAGGCGAGCUCGGGGCUCCUGUACCCCCUGGAGAGGGGCUUCAUCUUCGUGCACAAGCCCCCCCUGCACCUGCGCUUCGACGAGGUGUCCUGCGUGAACUUCGCCCGCGGAACCACGACCACGCGCUCCUUCGACUUCGAGAUCGAGAGCAAGCAGGGCGGGCAGUAUACCUUCAGCAGCAUCGAGAGAGAGGAGUACGGGAAACUCUUUGAUUUCGUCAACGCCAAGAAACUGAACAUCAAAAAUCGGGGACACAAGGAGAAAAAUAAGGGUAUGAAGGGGGGUGACAAUGCUUACUCAGACUCUGAUGAUGAUCAGCAUGAUGCUUACCUGGAGAGGAUGAAGCAGGAGGGGAAGAUCCGAGAGGAGGCUGCCAACGACAGCAGCGAUGAUUCGGGAGACGAGACCGAUGAAUCUUUCAAUCCUGGUGAGGAGGAUGACGAUGUUGCAGAAGAGUAUGACAGUAACGCAUCUGCCUCAGAGUCGAGUGGAGAGGGGGGUGGGAGCGAUGAUGACGAGGAGGAGGAGAGGAAGAAACCGGCUAAGAAACCGAAACUAGUGAAAGAGAAAGUGGAGAGAAAACCGAAGAAGAGAACGGAGGGUAAGAAGCAGAAGGACCCAGGAGCCCCGAAGAGGCCCUUGAGCACGUACAUGCUGUGGCUCAACGCCAACCGGGACAAGAUCCGUGCGGAGCACCCAGGCAUCAGCAUCACUGAGGUGUCCAAGAGAGCCGGAGAACUGUGGAAGAACAUGAGCAAAGAAAACAAAGAGGAAUGGGAUCACAAGGCUGACGAGGCCAAGAGAGCCUACGAGAGAGCGAUGAAGGAGUACAAGGAGAGCGGGGGGGCCUCCUCCUCCACCGCCAUCCCGAAAAAGGACAAGAAGCCCUCUUUGAAGGGAAAAGGCAGGGACAAGAAAUCCAAACCCUUGUCUAAAAGCAGCAGCGCCGCCAAGAGUCCGGCCAAGGCAACUGCGGGAGAGAACGAGAGCUUCAAGAGCAAGGAGUUCGUCUCGAGCGACGAGAGCUCCGGGGAAUCAGACAAGGGGAGGAAGAGCGAGGGUUCUGAUGAUGAGGAGAUCGCCAGCACUCCCCCCAGCUCUGAAGACUCUGGUUCGGACUGAACUGGUCCUGUGAUACUCAGAGCCGGGUUGAACUGCAAACCAGUGCACUCCCAGUUCAAACUCCUGUUGCUCUCCCAUUUCCAUCAGCUACAACGACAAACGUUUCCACUAGAAGUCUUUCUCAGUGUCUCCAGUGUAAAUUCAAUGGCAAACGUUUCCACUAGAAGUCUU